CCUGCUGUGUUACGCUUGGGGAAGUUGCUCAAUGUCGGAAAACACACAUUUGACUGACCUGUGAGCCAAAUGAUCAGUUUGUAAUAGUUCUGCUUUAAUGAACGUACACGCUGCAGCAUUAUUAACUCAAACACGUUGUAUGUUGUGUGAACAUGAUGGUCAGAUAAAACUAAGAAUCGGGUAUUGGUGGAAAUCUCUCGCAGAAUGGAUCAGUCAGUGACUUCCGGUACUUGUAUUCGCAAAAUAAGUUACGGGUUACUUCGCAAGCUUUCUGAUUUUUUAGACCCUCAAGACAGGUGGAAAGAUGUGAUCGUGUGUAUACGGAAGCCGAAUGGGGAGCCGAGGUACUCCCAGCAUCACGUCAGGAGGUUUGAAGGGCUUGUAGCUCAGGGAAAGAGCCCCACAGUGGAGCUGCUGAAUGACUGGGGGACCACCAACAGCACAGUGGGUGAACUUGUGGACAUUUUGAGGAGUCACAUGUUACUGGCUGCUGCUGAUCUCCUUCUGCCUGUGGAAGAUGAUUUGUCGGCUGAGAUGCAGCAGGUUUUUGCAGCAGAAACAAACACAGACCCCCCAACCAGACAGCUGGAGGUGGUAGAGACUCCACCAUCCAGCUCUGCUCAGCAGACGCAAAUAUUGCCAGAGAACAGUGAAGCAGGACACAUAGGGAGUUUCUCCAGUUUCCCGUACAGUGAGCUGAUGAGGAUUACCGGCAACUUUGACAAUCGUUCAGUGUCCAACGGUGGCAGCCGCCUCGGGGAGGGAGGCUUCGGGACAGUCUACAAGGGUUUCUUACACAACAGACCUGUUGCAGUGAAAAAGCUCAAUCCAGUGGAGGACAUGCCUCUGGACAGGUUGCAAAUUCAGUUUAACCAAGAAAUCCAAACUCUGAAUGUGUUAAAACAUGAGAAUUUGGUUGACAUGAUUGGAUUUUCCUAUGAUGAGCAGCACCUGUGUUUAGUGUAUACCUUCAUGGCAAAUGGAUCUUUACUGGAUCGAUUGGCUUGCAUGGAUGGAAGUCUUCCACUUUCUUGGCAACAGAGAUGCCUCAUAGCAGAUGGGGCCGCUAGAGGUUUGGAGUAUCUGCACUGCAACCAUCAUGUCCACAGAGAUGUAAAAAGUGCAAACAUCCUGCUAGAUGAAAAGUUUGUGGCAAAAAUCUCUGACUUCGGGCUGACGAGAGCAUCGGCCAAGUGUACAUCGACAACCAUGAUGACAGAGAGCAUUGUGGGUACCCGUGCGUACAUGGCACCUGAGGCACUAAGAGGAGAGAUCACCCCAAAAUCUGAUGUGUUCAGCUUCGGAGUGGUGUUGUUAGAAAUAUUGUCUGGAAUCCCGCCAGCUGAUGAAAACCGGGAGCCGAAGUUCUUGAUGGACAUCAGGGAUGAUAUAGAUGAUGAAGAUGAGGAUCUGACCCUGGAGGACAUUGUGGAUAAAAAGAUGAGAAACUGGGAGAUGAGCCAGGUGGAGACUAUUUACACUUUGGCAUGCAACUGCCUCUAUGACAGAAAAAACAGACGACCACUUAUCAAACAGGUCGUUUCAGAGAUUCGCAGCGUUAUCAAAAGCAUUUCACUGGAUUCUCAGACACCCGAGUGAAGCACAGCACAGCACCCCGAGAAGUUUGAGCCUGCACCACACUAAUUUAUUUCCUCCAAAACAGUUUGAAACAAACUGUUGCUUGUUGACUGUUAACAUUUGCAUCAGUAUUUCAUUUUAUACCAUCUGCUUUUAUAAAUGGUCGUUUUACAUUUUUUAUAAGAAGCAUGUUUUACAAGGGUAAAAAUUGUACCUAAAUACUGAUGCGUGUAAUAAUUAUCACAUCGAAAGGCUACUGAAUCUUAAUAUGUUGGGAGAAAAUGCAUUUGACUGUUUUGCAUCUAUUAAGGAAUAAAGUGAAUGCAAGAAUGA